GGUGGCUGGGAGAGCACGGCGGGUAGUGGCGUCUUUUCGUCAUGAGUACCACCAUGGCGCUGGGCCCCGAGCAGGCACAGAGCAAGCUGAGGGCUGUGUCUGUGGACCUGAAUAUUGAUCCUUCCCUCCAGAUUGAUAUCCCAGAUGCUCUGAGUGAAAAAGAUAAAGUGAAGUUCACGGUACAUACUAAGACCACACUGCCAACUUUUCAAAGCCCCGAGUUUUCUGUUACAAGACAGCAUGAAGACUUUGUAUGGUUACAUGACACGCUCUCUGAAACUGAAGACUACGCUGGACUUAUUAUACCUCCAGCACCCUCAAAGCCUGACUUUGAUGGUCCUAGAGAAAAGAUGCAGAAGCUUGGGGAAGGAGAAGUGUCUAUGACGAAAGAAGAAUUUGCCAAAAUGAAGCAAGAAUUAGAAGCGGAAUACCUUGCUGUCUUCAAGAAGACUGUAUCAUCUCAUGAAAUUUUCCUUCAGCGAAUUUCUUCUCAUCCUGUGAUCAGCAGAGAUCACAAUUUCCAUGUUUUCCUAGAGUAUGACCAGGAUCUAAGUGUCCGGAGGAAAAAUACAAAAGAGAUGUUUGGUGGCUUUUUAAAAAGCAUGGUGAAGAGUGCUGAUGAAGUCUUCUCUAGUGUGAAGGAGGUAGAUGACUUCUUUGAGCAAGAGAAGACUUUUCUUGUGAACUAUUAUAACAGAAUCAAGGAUGCAUGUGCAAAAGCAGAUAAGAUGACAAGAUCUCAUAAAAAUGUUGCAGAUGACUACAUCUACAUCUCUGUUUGCUUGAACAGCCUGGCACUGGAGGAGUCAACAGUCAUCAAAAAGUACUUGCUGAAAGUUGCUGAACUCUUUGAAAAACUGAGGAAGGUAGAGAGUCGUGUUUCAUCUGAUGAAGACUUAAAGCUGUCUGAGUUACUGAGAUACUACAUGGUUAACAUAGAAGCAGCAAAGGAUCUCUUGUACAGGCGUACUCGGGCUCUUGUUGAGUAUGAGAACUCCAACAAAGCUCUGGAUAAAGCUAGAUUAAAAAGCAAAGAUGUCAAACAGGCAGAGGCACAUCAGCAAGACUGUUGUCAAAAGUUUGAGAAGCUUUCAGAGUCUGCAAAACAAGAACUGAUCACCUUCAAACAGAAGAGAAUAGCAGCCUUCCGUAAAAACCUAAUUGAAAUGACAGAACUGGAAAUAAAGCAUGCAAAGAACAAUGUCUCUCUCCUGCAAAGUUGCAUUGACUUGUUCAAGAACAACUAAGACACCUUAUUCUGCAAAUGUGAAAAAGCAUCAAUUGCACUCAAUGGCCAUGGGGAAAUUCAUAUUUAGCUUAACUCCUUUAGGUUCCAAUAUUUGGUUUUCUGGACACUUGUUUGACUAAUAAUUAACCAUGUUGAUUGACACCAAUGUUGGCUUCCAUGGUAUAAAUGAAAGCUGGAUUGCAUAUGAAUUACUUGAGGUAUUGGCACUUAGAGUGCCAAGGACAAGAACUAGAGUCCAAAAUGUUGAUCAUGUGUACAUCUGAUAAUGGAGAUAAUUUAGAUUUCUCCCCCCUCACAAAGGGUGAAAUUUCUGUCGGUUUAUUGGAGCUGUCUGCAGAAUGUCAAAAGUGGAAAUGGCUUAUGUAAAAAUUCCCACGUAGUUUUAUAAAUUAAUAUCCUAACAUUCCACUUGAGCAGAUUUCUACUACAAUAUAUUUUGAAUUUCUAUAACUACAUUCAUAUUUGUACAGUUGGGCAAUUACAGCAAAAUAAAGAUGUCUGAUAUGGUUGUGCAUCA